CACUCGCACGGCCAUCCUUCACUCGCUCGCUUUCCCUCGCACCCUUGACUCCGUGCCACGGAGCUACCUGAGUUGUUGCAUAGCCAUGCCCUCUAUACUACGGGCACUCCGUCAUCGGCCCUGCCUGCCGUCGUCUGGUGCCAGCAGUGCUGCUGACGCGGCCACUCAUCUUCGAGAGUACGGCCGAUAAGCGUGGUGAUACAAGACCAAUGGUUGUCUCCCCAGAGCCGCGCGAAAGGAUCAAUCCCUAGUCCUAGCUUAGAGUGCAAUGGCGAGAUGUUUCUCUUUAUAUUCUUCUCUUACGUCUCCCUCUGUUGCCUUUAAAAGACCUUGCUGCUUCCUGAUUGCUCGCUCACCCUUGCAGCACAUGGUUUGUUCAUGAUGUUUCGUUUGCUUUUUGUCCUGGCCUCGGGCCUAUCCGUCUGUACGGGCCAACUGGAGACGACCUUGUCCAAAGCCGACUUUAGCAAUUCCUCGAUCGCCGACGAUAAUGCCAACCACAUAUUCAACGCACUCCAUUCUUCUCUGAGGCAAUGGGGCUCUUCCUUGGACCACAACGGCAUGUCCUUCUUCUUGGCCUCGGUGCCUGAAGGUGCUCAAUUCUACCACGGUACUUCUUCCAACAAGUCCGUCACGGGAAUGGAAUGGCUAGCGUUCGAGCCGGAGCAUGCUCUGGUGUUCGCUCGACCUCAUCCAAAGCAUCCACCUGGAAAGGGCCCAGGAAGGGGUCCUCCCGGCAGGGGUCCUCCUGGACGACGUCCCCAUGGGGAAGGGCCCCCAGGAUAUGGACAUGGGCCUCCACCAGACGGCAGAGGCCACCAUGCUCGCCCGAAACUUGAUUACCAUCCAUCAGACAGGAAUCAUCCCAAAGACAGCGACAGCCAAGAACCUAUGCAUAAACGAAAGCUCAGAAAAGCAGACUCCAACUCCGCAGGUUACCUCCACACCUACAGGACCACGCACUCACUCUCUCUCCUCUAUAUCGACGGCAUGUCUGCAGGCAAGACUCAAAAAGGUACUCUUGAUUCCACGGAUGCUGUCUUGCUCAAUGUGAACCCCGACGAGCACAACCGUAGGAUGUGGGAUUACGAACGUGCCGAGGGCCUUUGCAAACUUGCCAACGAAGAAUGGGGUGGCCGUGUAGAUGGCUUCCUGCGCAUGGAGAUGGGGUUCGAGAUCAUUCUCUGCGACUUCGAGAAGCAUCUUCACCUUGAACGUAUGACGCAGACAUCUGCCGGCAGGAUGGACCCUGGUUCCUUCGUGGACAUUUCUUACUACCGCGCUGUCGCCUCCCGGUUCGAUGGCAUUGGAGGUGGACGCGCACAGGUCAACUACGAGGACUUCGUGACAGCCUUCGCAUACGACAUCGACUUGUUUAAGAGCGAUGAACACCCUCGUUUGCAAAAUGCAUCCAACACAACCAUCUCCCGCAUCCGCGACGACGUUACGCGGAUGGUGUUUUCCGGUCAAUUCCCCCACGUUCGCGACCAAGCCGGCCUUCCGGCACGGGACUGGCAGGCUAUCGUGGACGAGAUCGUUAUGCGCUAUAGCGGCCGUCUGGAGUACCUCAGCUCCGAAUCUGUCGACUCUUUCAAGACGUUCCAAGCCGAGGUCGAAGCGCUGUUCCGCCCUUUCAUCGACUACAGUGCGCGCGACGCCACUGCUGAAGCCCUUCGCUGCUCCACGCAGUUCACGCCCGCCUACACAGGCGUCUCACUCGCCGCUCGCACCGCCCACAACGUCGCUCACAGCAUCUGCAAGGCUUUGACCAGCGCUUCCGCCGCCUCUGACCUCGCCGCUGCGCAAACAGAGAUUAGGGAGCUCGUGAGCUAUCUGCAGUGGACGACUUGGAAAAAGUGCCAAGGCUGCGGUAUCAACCAAGUGUGUUUUAUCCCCAUCUGGCCGGUGGGACGCACCCAGGACUGGGAGAACCCGCAGUGCCAGAGCAAGCUGCCUAGCUCGAGAGAGGAUUCCUAUUGGGGUGGCUUUGGAGGACCGCCUCCCCCACCCAUGAAUGGGGGAUACGGUGCGAUGGACGAUUUCGAAUACCCGCCGCCUCCGCCUCCGCCAGGGCACGGCCCUAUGGAUGGCUUUGGGCAUCCUCCUCCUCCACCGCCACCUAGGCACGGCGAGAUGGAUGACUUCGAGUAUCCUCCACCUCCACCUCCACCUGGACACGGUCCGAUGGACAGAUUCGGUCCCGGGCGCCACUAGGCGAGGAUUGAAGCGACCGACGAAGAUCCAAAAGUAAUUUAGGUGAGCAUGUUUGGUGCGCGAAGAUCAUAGCUCCCGCCGCCAAGACCGUUUCGCUAGCAAGUAGUGCGCAAGUUUAGUUUAGAUAUCCCAUGUUAUUGUACCAUAGUUGAAUGUUUGAUCAUCCACCCACACUUGGCAGAAUUUCCAUUUCGCUCGAUCUUCUCUCGCCAGUAAAUGUAUAAAAAUAACGCACGCACAUGCAAGCGGCCGCGUCUUUGCUUCAAAAUCAAAGUUCUGUCUGUCACCG